CGGAUAUAUGUGACGUAUAAGGGUGAAAUAAAGACAAAAGCAAUCACGAGGUCAGCUGCAAAACAAUAUUUUGGGGUGUUGGAACCAUGUUUCGAGUCAUCGUUUUUCUCGCUUUGUGGACUUGUACCAUUGGACAUACACCGUCAGAAUACCUAGAGGAUUACUGUGGUAAAACUCUCUACCACCAGGGACCAUGGCUACGUCUGAAGCUGACCAGGAGGGACUACCCAUCAAACUUCAAGUGUAACACUUCUGUCGUUUUCUCUGAUACUAAUUCGGGGCAACCCGCGCGCCUCAUGGUGGUUGUCCACAAACUGGAAACUAAAUGCCCUGGAGAUCGGCUCACUUUGGUUGAUGGAAAUACCUCCGUUCUUCUUAAAGAGGCAAAGCCUUACUUGUGCGGGAAACAUGAGCCAAAGGAUGCAAUGUUUACUGUCUCUUCAAGUCUCAUUGUAAACUUCCAAAGUGAUGCAUCUGAAAAUGAUGAUGGAUUUGAACUCUACAUCACCCGUUUCCAUCUUGGUAUCUGCGACCCGACCGAGUUCCGGUGUGCCAGGGGUCCUUGUAUUGGUAAGUCCCUUCAGUGUGACGACCACGACCAGUGUGGGGACGAGUCCGACGAGUGUAGUUGGGGAUUCGGACUGGUGGCCGCCCUCUUGGGCGCCACUUGCCUCGGGUCUCUGCUCACCAUUCUGGUCUUUUGCUGUUGUUGUUCCAAGUUCCGCUCUCGCUGCAGUAAAUCAAACUCUCGGGGACGAAUUAUCCCUGUGUUCAGAAGAAGUGAAACAAACAGAACCCCAGCACUAGACGAACCCAAGAAGGCGCCUCUUGAAGUCCCCCUUUCUGUGUCUCAUCUUGAACAAACGCAUCCGGCAUUCUAUUCCCUUUCACCUCCAGCCUACACAGCCAUACCCGACGUCACUUCCGGCAGAGUGGCGGACCCCUUCCAACAAAAACCCCUAUUCAAUAAGAGUUGAUACGAGACAGUUUUUACCUUAAUCUGUGAUGUGCUCGUUAAAUUUCAUUUAAAAUGUGAAAAACAAUCUCUAGAAUCUCUGAAAGUAAUCCAUUUUUGAUUGGUUCCGAUGUGUCAUAAGAUAUUUCGAUUUUUCUUUUUUAAUUUUACAAUUAAUAAAAAAAAAUAAUGACUGCU